AAUUCGACAAGUAAAACCAACCAAAAAAACCAAUCCUUCCAAGAUGUUCAAGUUCGUCGCCGCCGUCAUCUUCGCUCUGUUCGCCUGCGCCGCUGCCAAGCCGGGUAUUGUGGCUCCUCUGGCCUACUCCGCCCCCUACGUGGCAGCCUCCCCCUACGUGGCGUCUCCGUAUGUGGCAUCCCCCUACGUGGCUGCCCCCUACACCGCUGCCUACACCGCCGCCUACGCCGCUCCCUACACCGCUGCCUACACCGCUCCCUAUGCCGCCGCCUACUCCGCUCCUCUUCUGCUCAAGAAGUAGGUUCCCGGGAGGACGUGAAUAACUUCGGAAGACAACAGAUGGACACUUGGCACUAAAUUGAAAUAAACUCGCACAACAACGAA